AUGUCACACUAUGGCUUACCAUUUAAUUAUGACGAUCACUGGAUUUGUGGAGCACUGGAAUUGUCGAUUGAAACUCUUGCUGGCACUAACUUUGAAAUAAAAGUAUCGCCCAACGAUACAAUAAUGACCAUUAAAUCUAAGAUUCAGAGCGUGGAAGGCAUUCCAAUAUCUCAGCAACACCUUUUAUAUAACUUUACAGAAUUAGAGAAUUCUGCCUUUAUAAGGGAUUACUCUAUACAAAAUGGAGCAACUUUAAAACUUGUCCUGUCUAUGAGAGGAGGUCCUAUUAGUACGAAAAGACUUCCUCCCGUGGAUGAAAUGGCAUGGAAAGAACUUCAAGAGAUAAUGUCUGUAACUCAAAAAGGUGAUUUAUUUGAAAAAUUACCCACUGGAUCCAGAGUUACAGUGUUGGUAUUUAGAGAAGGAGAUCAUGUCAAUUUACUAAGAGUUGUCGAAAAUGAAGAUGGCAGUUUUUCACCAUUAUCUGAAACUUGGAAGGGUUCUUCUAUAAGUUUCAAUCACUUUCAAAUGACCUCUGUUGAAAUGAUAUAA